UGUACCGGUUUUUGUGGGGCGGGAACUAGGGAAAAUCUGGAGACGCUAUAAUUCGCCACCUUUCACACCUCAGUUUGUAUAUUUUCCCUCUUCAGUACUGAGUUACAUUUCCACUUCGCUGUACUCAUUGCGCUCAACUAAACCACGAUGGCGCCGCAAACCUCAAUACCAGUAGCGGCCACGGUCCUCGGCACCAUCGGAACAGUAUGUUGGUGCGUACAAUUGGCACCUCAAAUCUGGCGAAACUAUCGAACCAAGAGCACCGAAGGAUUGCCAGCUUCCAUGAUGCUGCUCUGGUCAAUUUCUGGGGUCCCCUUCGGCAUUUACGCCAUCUCGCAGCAGUUCAACAUCCCUCUCAUAGUGCAGCCACAGUGCUUUUGUGUGCUUUGUGCGGUGAGUUGGGCGCAGUGCUUGGUGUAUGGCCGUAAAUGGCGGACUUGGACGGCAACUUUACUCCUGGUUACUCUCCUGGUGAUCUUCGCCGGGUUAGAAGCAGGCCUCAUCUUCGCAAUUCGACCAGCGUACUCGCGAGGCAUUGAGUGGCCAGUCCUGCUCAUCGGCAUCGUCGCUUUCGUCACUCUAAUCUCUGGCUACUUUCCGAUUCCCUUUGAGCUCCUCAAGCGUCGUGGACGCGUUGUCGGUAUAGAUUUUGUUUUCCUCACUAUCGAUUGGUGUGGCGCAUUUUUCUCUUUGAUGGCGCUCGUUGCGCAGAACGAAUUCGACGUUCUCUUCGGCACCAUGUACGCGCUUUGCUGCGUCAUCGAGAUGAGCAUGGUUGCCUCACACCUCGUAUGGUUAUGGCGAACCCGAGGAAUCCGGAAACGAGCAAAAGAAGCAAGCAAAACGUUUGAUGAGUCCGAAGAAGGCAUUGAGUGGCAAGCAAAGGGUGUCGAUCUCGAGGCGAAGUUCCUCAAAUUAUUUCCGAAGACGAAGUCACCCGAGGAAGGCUUUCAUGCCGAUAGCGAUAGCAUAGCUACCCUCGUCGUGCCCGAGCACGUAACGUCGAAAACUGUGCCAAACGCAGUAGUUUGAGAUUGAAAGUCAUAGUCAGAAACCUUAAGGGCAUACUACCUAGCGCCCCUAUUGCCGGCUUUGGAAUGACGACUUUUCCUUGCAAGCGAAUAAAGUUUGUUGCAGACGCUCUGGUCUCGAUGCCAGCAGAAAGGUGUGACGUGAUCUUAACACUCACUACGACAAUGAAUGCGAAAGCUGGUAGAAG